GCCCAGCAGGCAAGCCAGACGCCGUAUCCUCAGCCCGGGAAUAACCGAAGCUUGAAUCUGCCGGCUCACUCUGAGUGAGGGGGUGCUUGGGGAUCUGCCCCGUCGCCUCCCUCCCCUUCACGUGCACCCCGUGAAUGCAAGAGCUGCCGACAGACCAAGGCAUGGCUGAGGGGUGGCUGAACCGUCCGCGAGCAGGAUUGAACAGAGGGCAGAAGGCCAGCAUGGGGGACUCGGAUGACCUGGACGACAGCCUGACCAGCCUCAUGUGGCUUCAGGACUUCUCAAUCAUGAACACCAGCAUGGGCAAGUCCUCCUGCUGCCCCAGUGGCCCAGACCCCCAUGACUGUCACAGGAUCCCCAGCUUUGCUGCCCCAUGCUCACCCCUGGCCGCUGACCCGGCGUGCAUGGGCAUGCCCCACACUCCCUGCAAGCCCAUCUCCUCCUCCACCUCGAGGACGGCACACCACGCCAUGGCCAUGCACCCUCAGCUCGCAGAGGACAUUGACUACAAGACCAACCCGUACGUCAAGCCGCCCUACUCCUACGCCACCCUCAUCUGCAUGGCGAUGGAAGCCAGCAAGAAGCCCAAAAUUACCCUCUCUGCCAUCUACAAGUGGAUUACUGACAACUUCUGCUACUUCCGACAUGCUGAUCCCACCUGGCAGAACUCCAUCCGGCACAACCUCUCCUUGAACAAGUGCUUCAUCAAGGUGCCCCGGGAGAAGGGCGAGCCAGGGAAAGGUGGGUUUUGGAAGCUUGACCCCCAAUACGCUGACCGGCUCAAGAACGGUGCCUUCAAAAAGCGGAGAAUGCCCCCAGUGCAGAUCCACCCGGCCUUCACCAAAACAGUCCAAGAAGAAGCACAGUGCGUCGCAAGCCCGGCCGCUUCGGCUUGCACCUCCAGUAAUGUCCUCAACGUCAACAUGGAGUCACAGCAGCUGCUGAAAGAGUUUGAAGAAGUCACUGGUGGCCAGAACUGGAAUCCAGUCAAUGGCAAAGCAGGGCAGAAGCGCAAGCAGCCCUUGCCCAAGCGAACGACCAAGGCGUCUCGGCUUUCCAACUCUGCCUUGCUGACCCAGGAAGAGCAGACCGAGCUGGGAUCUCUAAAAGGUGACUUUGACUGGGAAGCUAUCUUCGACACCAACCUGAAUGGAGACUUCCCCACAUUUGGGGAUCUGGACCUCACGCCUCCAAUCAGCCCCGUAACACACGACCUGGACUUGACGGUACAUGGGCACCACAUCAACUGUCCCCAGGGGCAGGAGCAGGUCCUCACCGAAUCCGACCAGAACAACCUGGACUUUGAUGAAACCUUCAUGGCCACUUCUUUCCUGCAACAUCCCUGGGACGAAGGGACAAAUGAUUACCUCUCCAACUCGGUCAACAUGGAGCAGUUGUUUGACCUCAAUGACACCUCUUUGCCAGCAGAUGUGAGCGACUGGAGCAGUCUGGCAUCCCUCUUAUAGGAGGCCAGUCACCAUUCAAAGCUCACACAGACUUUAGUAGGAUGCUCCCCCCAUGCUGCUGGGACUUAAAAGGGACAAGAUUUUCUAGAGACAGAGACAUCUACAGGGACUUUUACCAGCUUCAUUGUAAGAUUAUUCACAGAAACACGAGGGGGGAGAAAAAACCACCACCACAGAAAUUGCUUGAUAUAUUUUUAAAGGACACAUCAGAAGUCUCUAGUCCAUGAGUUUCCUCAAGAGAAGAAAUAUAAAGCUACUUAUUUUUUUACUUUUAAAGGAAGAAAUGUGAAUUAUCGUUUUUUUUUUUCCGUGGAAAUGGACACGGCAUAUGUGCCUUCAGGGCUAAAGGAGAGCACCUGCUAAAUGCCAUCUAAGACAUGAGAUUCCUGGUGGCUUAGGACUCCAUAGACUAAGUGCAAUUUCCUCACCUCUUUGUCUCUCCAUUUCUCUCAUUUCUUUUUCUGUCUAGGGUAGUUGGUAGGUAUAGUGUGAUAAUUAGCUAGCAAGCAAAUAGAGGUCCCUUCUGGAUUCUCUGAGUUCAACCUCCCUCCUGACUUGUGCCUAGGGAAGAAGAAAAGGUUUAUAAAUUCAGCAAGUCUGCCUCUUUAGAUGUUUUUAUAUAAUCUAUUAUAUAUUAUAUAUUCAAAGAAACCUAUAUUUUUAGCACUAGAAUUUCUUAAUAGUGGGGGGAUAGGGGAAAUGCAGUUUGGGAGUUUUAUAUCUUCACUGUUUAAAGGCUUGGGUUCGUUGUUCUGUAAACCAAGACCACGCGAGGGAAGAUUCCUGCAGCAGCAGCAACAGUUUUUUUUAAGGAUCCAGGAAUUGGCCCCAGCAGGAAAGGAGCAGCGGGGACCAGGACGCUCCCAGAACUAGCUUUCAUCUUUUUUGUACCCAAAAUCCUUGCUGCGCUUGCUGAAGGGUCUAGACCAACCUUCUUUGUCUUUCACCAGCUGACAUAGCUCCUCUCUGUUUUUUUAGUUCAAGACUGUUGCUCUCCACUUCUUUUGCUAAUCCAUCAGGUUCCGAGAGGCUGCCAGGGCAACGCAGGACCCCGAUUAAGGAUGUGCUUUUGGGGGAGCCAUAAGGAAAACACCAUGGCAUGGCCAUCAGCUGGUGGUGAUGGGGUCACUCCACAUCGAAAGCACCCAGGUGAGACUGAGGAGGAAAGAUUCAGGCUCCAUCCAGGAGCUCAGGCCAAAGACUGUGUGUGCAACGGGCUCUGGGGAAGGCAGUGGAGAUGAAGUCCCAUCCAGCCAGGAGCAGCUCAUCAGCUGGGAGAACUGCCAGGAUUGACACAAAGCUUUGGCCCUUUGGCUCAGUGUGCAGUGAGAGCGUGGCGGGGUCUCUGCAAAGUAGCUCAGAAACAUUUUGGGAGCAGAGCCAAACUCUGCUGAAACUUGACUUGAAGCUCUCGAGAACUGGAUUCUUCACCUCUCCUUCGCUGUAGGUUAUUAGAGGUAGAGUAGCCAUUAGGUAGGAGUAAGUAGAAGCUGUAGUUUUAAUGGUGUGUCUUAGACUUGCUGAAAAAUGGAAGAUUGUAAAGAGUUUCUUUUUUGGUUACAAAAGCACUUAGGACCUUUAAUGUGAGCAAUAUAAUUUAGUGAGAGUAUAGUUGUAGUGUAAGAAUCAAUAAAUAAGCCUUAAAAAAAUAUAAAUUACCCUUGGAGUACUUUGCACCCAAAUUUGGGGAGAGGGUUGGAGCCAUGGAGGUGGGAGUGCAAGUCCUGCAUCCCCCUGGUAAAGCGCGGGGCAGGCUGAGAACCAACAUCUUCAGCUCAUGCAAGCAGCAGAGCUGGGGCUGCUGCUUUGCUCAGGUGCCAGCGUCUGAAGUCCCCUGGGAUGCCACCACACAGCUGGGGCCAGUGUCCCCGGGGCUGGGGAGUGAGGGCCACGUGUCUGGGGUCUUUGGGGGUCGGUGUAGGUGUUUAUAUCUGUAUUGGCGAUGCUUCUUUUUAUUUGUUGUUUUUGUUACAUUUUCCUGUUUUGAGGCCUCUAUACUGAUGCUGAAGAACUGCAGAGAUAUGUGUGCAAUUUAACCUUUUUCAUGGAAAGUUAUUUACAAAUUAAAAAAAAGAAAAAAAA